UUUGGUGUGUGAAUAAAAAACCAAAAAAGGGUUUCAGAAUAACAAAUCAAAUGAAUUAUUUGCGUAUAAGUCCCAAAAUCUGGACGUCGCGGGUAUCAAACCGAGAUCAGACGGACGCGCAGAUUUGUGGAAAGUUUUCAGGGAGAUCCAUCAGACACGCAUGUAUAUGAAUUAGAAAUUACUUUGUUUGCGAAUUGCUAUAAUAGAGUGUCCUUCUCCUCUACCAUUUAGUUUUCACCUUUUUAGUUAGUGUCCGAUAUGUGAUUUGGAGUCCGUCAGCAAUUGUACAGCCGAGUGUAAUGGUAGACUUUGCUAUAUUUCCAUAUGUGUUUUAACCCGAGUAAACGCUUUAAGAGCAAUGUUGAGAUAAUGACUGCAGGUUCAGAGGGCCUGGGUCGUGAUACCAGGAACGCCUGUUGUAAUUUUACCCUUGGUGAUCAAUAGACGCUCGAGUGUUUACGCUUGAAAUGGCAGUCGAAUGUCAAGAUUACUAAAAAUACGAAAUCUUUGGGKUGGAAUUCGACUAUGUCUUAUUGUUACAGAUUGAUGACCGUCUGCAAAACAUAAAAAUUUUCAUUAAUACAAUGAGUUCACUGAYUGGUUUUAUUGGAGUGCCUCUUGCCAUCUCCAUCAUAUGGUCAAACUGAAGGAUUACCCAAAGAAAAGACAAAGAACAUAUAUGUAUGUCACCCAUGCAGCUKUUGAUUUAUUGAAUUGACAUUUUUAAUUCAAGUUUCAAUCAUACUGACUGUACAAGUAAUUCCAUAAUGCACGAGUACUACACCAUCUGCAAAUAUUCGUGAACGGCUUCACUUUCAAGUCAACAAACACGAUAUUGUUAUUAUCUUGCCCUGUGAUGUCUCGUUUUCGGACGGAUUUAAGGUCAUUUCCACGGCGUAAUUCAAAUAUCGUGACCAAGUUCCCCCCCGUUCAAAAUGACCAUGUAUUCCGGUCACCAUCUGCCAGUCCACAGAGUUUUAGCACAGACAUGGUAGUUGGUCUUCAAAUGAAAACCGGGGCUGYUUCACCUCCGAAAGACGUUAAAGUUAGAAGAGCUGCAACAAGUCCAAAGGCAAAGAUGAGAAACACGGCUAAUUCAACACCAAAGAAAACUGUCCCAAAUAUCCAAAGCAGCGCCACCAUGCAGAAUCAAAWUGAUAAACUGAAUCAAGAUAUUACUAUGUUAAAAAUGCAGUUGCAAGAACUUUUAGACAAGAUUACAAAACUUGARAAAGAAAAUGAGAAACUCAAGUYGAAAAAUUCUUCACAACAUAAAGCAAUAGAACAGCUGAAAGAAGAAAAUAAAAUWAAAMAUAUCAAAAUUUCUGAGCUUGAAGAAUUGCUUAGACAACAGGAAUUAAUUCACAAGAAUGAAAUUGAUGCUCUAGACUGUCAAAUACAUGACAAGGAUGCAAGGAUCAAAACUUUAGAAAAUCUUCUCACAAGAAAAGAUGAGGAAAUAGAAAAAAUUAGAGUGGAGUUUAAAGAAAAUAUGGAACUGAAAAUGAAAGAGCAUGCAGAUAUCCUUGAAGAAACUAAAACAAAUUAUGAAAAGGAAUUAAAGUCGAAAGAUGAAAAGCUCAAAGUCUUGAAAUCACACAUGGCAGAUGCUUUAAAGGAUAACUCCAGAGAGAGGCAAGUCCAGCUCGAAGAGCUGGCUCGCGAGCUGAAAAAAGUUUCUGAAGAAGCAGACAUUCUAAAGAUGAGGAUGCAUUCUAACAAGCUAUCACAGGACGAACUUUUGCGGAUGUGGGCAAAAAGCAAAGGAAAAGUUAUAAGAUGACAGAAUUGUUGGACAGAGUUUGUUAAUUUUGAAAAAAAAAAUUAUUUCAAAAUGUUGUACCUAACUUUGGACAUCCAGAAUCAUCUGGAAGUGGUUGUUUUUUGCACAAAAUAUGAAGAGCUUGAACAGGUUCCAACCACUUCUAAUAUCGAAUAAAUAUUAACAGAAACAACAACGACAACUUUAUUUUGCUCAAAAUUAAGAAAAUCAAUGAUGCAACUAUACUUAUAACAAAUAGAUUCCAUUUUUCUGUGCAUCUGUUCUCUAAUAGAUAUGUAAAUGGGUCAAAUAUGAUAAGAACAAAAAAGCACCUACUCCACAAGUCGAAUGCCAUAUGACUGUUGUUCUCAUCACAUUCUAACACCUGUGUAUCUUUUAGAGUGCAGGAACACAGACAAAUGGAAUCUAUUUGUUUUACAUGAUAUUUUCCUAAUAUUUUUGUGGACUGGGAAUGAAUGGUUUAAUUAAAACAGUUGAAUGAACACAACAAAGUGUGUGCACUGGUUUUGACCAAUCAGAGCACAACUAAAUAAGAUGAAGUGGCAUCAUCAGUGCAUGUGUACUGUAACAACACAUGGUURUUGGUCAAUCAAAGAGUGCACAAUAUCCAAAUUAUUAUUUAAAUGUAAAUAUUGAAUACCGAAAGAUUGUUUUAGUAAGAUGUUUAAUAAAAAUUGGAUGAGUAAUGAUUACACAGAUGCUUUGGAAGCUAACAUUAUACAGCAAAUUUGUUUCUCCAGAACCAAAGUACUGUAACAAUUUCAAUCUAAAAUCAAGGAGAUUGACUCUCUAAUUUAUUUGACAUUUUAUACUUGACUGUGUGGUAAAUAAAAAAGACCAUAAACUGA